AUGAGAGUACGGAUACGAGGACCCUCUGGGCAAUAUACUGCCAUCCUGGCCGAAGAUGCAACUAUCGGAGAUCUACAGAAAGAUAUUGCUGAGAAUACGGGAUUGACCGCAUAUGACGUGAAGUACGGCUACCCGCCGAAGCCGCUAUCGUUGGACCAGACAGGAACGCAUCAGAAGCUUACCGAGCUCGCCAUCCAACUGGACCGGGAACAACUGAUCAUUUCCGCCAAAGACGGGCCAUGGACCGAACUAGCCACGACGAAAGAAGCCGCUUUAGUCAAUGCACAGCCAUCAUCUCCGAAACUCUCCUUAUCACGCAAACAAAAACCCGUUGCCGAAGAUACACCGAAAGUCUCCUCGGCGGAGCAUGGGGGCAUAUUCGUUCUGCGGGUUAUGCCGGAUGACAACUCGUGUCUAUUCCGCGCAAUAAGUACAGCACUCCUCCCAGGUGCAGACACCAUGGUCGAACUCAGAUCGGCUGUGGCCGAAACAAUUCAGAAUAAACCCGACGAGUACUCAUCCGCUAUCCUAGAACAACCCCCGGAUGACUAUUGUCGCUGGAUCAAGAAUGAGACUUCCUGGGGCGGAGCGAUUGAAUUGAGCAUCUUGAGCAAACAUUUCGAUAUCGAGAUUUGCUCGGUUGACCUUGGAAACCUUCGUGUAGACCGUUUCAACGAGGGCCAAAGCAGGCGGUGCUUCCUGGUCUACUCUGGCAUUCACUACGAUACCAUUGCUUUAUCGCCUUCUGAGAAUGCCUCACCCGAUUUUGACACUACCGUCUUCGAUGCAUCGGAUUCCCUGGCGCUUGACAAAGCAUUAGACUUGUGUAGGCAGCUGCAGGAGAAGAAUUAUUAUACUGAUGUGGCGGCGUUCCGCCUCCGUUGUAACGACUGUGGUGAUAUACUCGUUGGGCAGCAAGGUGCCAAGGAGCAUACAGCGCAAACUGGGCAUAGAGACUUCAGCCAGGUUGCAUAA